AUGUCUCAAAGCAUUUAUCAAAACUUAAGCUGUGACAAGCCCAGUAUCCAUGCUGAUUCAUCGAAGCCGGACAACCAAUUGGAGAUAUGGUUUUCAAACGUGGGAUAUUCUAUCGUGGUUGUACUCGAGUAUCUCUCGCCCAUACCUUUUCAAGCUGGUGGUGAUAAGCCGUCGGUAAACGCAGACUUGGAUAUCUAA